GGGUGUCUAUACCGCGUCAACGGUGACGGGCCUGCUGGAACAUUACAAAGACCCCUCGUGCGUGAUGUUCUUCGAACCGAUGCUUACCUUCCCAUUGAACCGGAACUUUAGCUUCAGCCUGCAGCAGCUCUGCCGAGCGGCGAUCGUCAGUAACACGACGUACGAUGGUAUUAACGAGCUUUCGCUACCAAAGUCAUUGAAGGCGUACCUGAAGGAGUAUCACUACCGGCAACGUGUGCGUCUACGGCCGUUGGAUGACAAUCUUUACUCCAACACGUAGCUGCUCGAUGAAUGGUACGAUGAGGUCGACGAAGAGGACAGUGAUAGAGCGUUUGUUGGGGCAUCAUCAUCAUCCCUGCCGCCAACGCUAGCAACGUUUGCUGUGAAGUCACGGUUGGGAGUUAAUACUGUGAGCGGAUGCCGCGUCUGCAACCGUUACAGGCAUCAUCUUAGAAACACGAAUGGCAGUGAAUGGUGCGGACAGCAUCGACGGCGAUCGCGAGAUCGGUGUACUGCGCGCAACAGAACCACACAGCAUCCUCUGUUCUCGAGAUGGUCGAUCGUGCUGAAACGAUUGCUAGGCCGUCGGGCAAGAGUAUCGUGUGCCAGCAACAACUCGUCCUCCGGUCAGCACUGGUAGUUCCUGUUGCUGCUAUUGCAUCGUUCUUCCGCCCCGUUCUGUGGUGCGAUUAGUGACAAUCCAGUGUUUGUGUGUUUUGUGUAGUGUUUGUAUAAGUGCGGCUCCAGAAUAGCUGCCGAGUAGUAGAGGGGAGUUUAUUGUUUGUUUAUCCUGUUUUGCUAAAAUUAGUAAAUUAUAUUCCAUUCCAUCCCCUGCAUCUUCCACUCGUACCACAUCCCACAAUCUUGUAAAAGCCUAGCCGAUAAGACAAGCGAGAGAUCCCAAGAUCAGUAUUUUCAGUUCCGUCACCAUGACGGUGUAAAAAUAGAAACAAAAGAGGCAGUCUAGAAACAUAUAUAAAUGGCGAUAAUGGCGAAUUGGCGUCGUGUCGGUGUGUGUUCUUAUGUUACAAUUGAACCUCAUCCAGCGCCUCCUUUACGUCAACCACUUCUUGACACUCAGUUCUGGGUUUCGUUAGGACCGUUGUUUACCAUUUCGGAUGUUACUGUGUGUGUCACGUGUAGAGAAACUCCGAGAUAAGAACGGAACAGGGCGAUAAGUCUAGUGAAAUUGUAUUGUUUUAUGUGAAUAGUAAAGAGAACCCCAAAAUCGUAUUUAUCACUACAUGUAGCAACUGAAUGAUAGUGUGUAGCGAGCAGAACAGAAUAUAUAGUAUAUAUAAGCGGCGGUGGCAAGCUGGCAGAUAGCGAGAGAAAAGCAACGUGACACUCACACACAGUAGCAGUAUACACGAUCUUCCGAUCCUCCUGGAUGUAGCAUCCCAGAAAGGACGGUUCAGUAUAGGUUGCUCUCUUUUGAAAAGCAACCGUUUGCUUAGUAUCAUGCAUUGUACACUGUUUUCUAGCUUGAUUUAUGUAAGGCCAGCGCUUUGUUGUUUUGUUGCUUCCGGCACUAGCCCCCCACACUACACUACUGGGUCAGAGGGCUUUUAGUUAAAUUGUUUGUUAAAACUAAUCGAAUCGCGUGUUGGUAGGGUAAGGCUGGGUGUGCACUCACACACGCACACAGGCACACACUUCUGAACAAACAAACAAAAUGCUCCAAACAAGAUAUCCUUGAGGAAGAACACGACACAAUAUCCUAUGAAGGAGUUGAAUCUUCCCCUACUGCUAGUGUAUAGCAGCAAACUGGUCCUCUUCGUCUGGUCCAUAGUGAAAUUGUAACUGAAAAGUAAUACGCGAAAGGGUGUAGCACUCUGCACACUAAACGCGCAAAAUGUGGUCUAAAUACGAGUCUGAAUCAAACUUUAAACGGUAGUGCUGUGCAACUUUAUUAGUGCGUGUAACGGAGAGGAAAUGAAGAGAGGGAGAGAGGAAGAGAGAAAUUGGGUCUCAAGUUUGCGUGACACAUACACGCGACUUGAAGGGAUUUUGUUGUUUUAUUGUUUGAUCUUUCGUUCUUUUGUUUGUUGUGGCUUUAAAAUUGUACAGAUAAAAAGGCGAAACACGAGGAAAAGAGCGAGGGGGAGAGAGAGGGAGAGGGCGAGUGAGAGAGAGAGAGAGAGAGAGAGAGAGAGAGAGAGAGAGAGAGAGAGCGAUUGCUUGUGGUAAGAUUGAAGAGAACAAUCAAAUCGCAACGCUGUAGAAGGCAUGACUAACCAUUUAGUAGGAAAGGAAUGUAAGUAAAUUAAUUAGAAAACAAUAGGGAAAACAGCGCACGAGAGUGUGGAGAACAUAGAACUAUACUGUACUAACGAAUGAUUAAUAUUAUUAUUUUUUAUUACGAAUAAUAUCUAUAUAAUUAUGCUAAUUAUGAUAAGCAGAAUUACUUCAUGAACGAGAGCAUAAAUAAACAGAAAAAGUAAUGAUAAAAUCAUAA